AUGACAACCCACUCCGCUAUCAUGUCUCGUUUAAGAAAGGUAGAAACAGUGCAAUUAGAAGGGAGCAAUGCGGCUCUGUAUGGGGAUAUUUUGUUCGCAGCGCUUGUGGAACGGAGACAACUGGCACCAGUGGCCAAACGACUGAGGGAGGCAGGAAUCAGAUACAGGGAUGGAUCCCUGGCGCUACCGCGGGGAGAACAGACAUUUACCAUGUCUUCCACAGAUGACAUACAGUUGCUCCUCCAACAGCUGAACCUACAGGACACAGACAUGGGCGACACCAGAGAAGGAGACAACCAGAUGCAAUACAAGCCCAAGAGCGUCCAGGGGCUGAAGAAAAGCUUCUACGUGCCGACUUCAACAAAGAGACACUCCUAG